AUCGCAGUCGUGCGCGCCCGCCCGCCCUAGUCGCGUGUCUCCAACGUUAAACAUUGUUCUACGUACAACGGGACAUAACCACUAAUGGAUAAGCUGUGGGUAGCGGGGAGGCAGCCGAGUGAACCACUUUGGGACGGCCGCGAACGCACUAUGGAGAACUAUUGGAGAAACUUGCACUCUACACCAAAGACUGGAGAAACUCACGCCCAGAAUGUACCACUUCCCCAAGCGCGAGUGGACGCGUGGGCGGAGAAUAACGCCUGGAGUGCAGCUUUAGGUGCGAUGGGCGGCGCUGGGACAGUCUUGAUUGUUGCGGUUUUGCUCUUCAUGUUCAAGAAACCUAAGAAGCAGGAACCGCCGCUUCUUGCACCGAUGGACGUUGGACAAAAUGAAAUGCUGAUAUCCAAAGAGCAAUGUCGCGUUCAACCGUUAAGCGAAACUCGCACUGCUUCCUCUCUACCGCACGCGAGACUCGCGCGGACACCUUCCAUAUCCUCCCAGAGCAGUCUAGACAGCGGCACCUCCAGAGCUACAAGUCACCGCGGCUCAUCCCCUGCGAUACGCACCUUCGCUCCCGAUGGACGGACGCUAGAGGCGGGCACCGCUGGCAUGCCGCGCUCGCCGUCGCCUCUCCGAGCAGCGUCACUGGACGUCAGGGCGGCGCCCAUGGCCCACGGGUCACUGGCGUCGUUAGCCGACUCCCCCGCGCCGCCCAGCCCGAGGCACGCGCCGCCCCGGUGUCUCUCUCCUCUGCUGAUGCCGCCGAGGAGAAUAGACAGAAGCAAUUCCUUAGUAGAAAGCAGUAGCGGAGCCCCGCUCAGUCCGGGGGCCGGCGCCGCGAUCAGUGCUCUAGGAGCCCUACAGCCGGACCUGUACACCAAGCGGGAGGCCCCCCUCGUCAUCGAGCUAGAGGGCGCCGGGCCUUCGCUGGGAAGAAUCCAUCUACGCCUUAAAUACGACUUCGAUAGAUCGGACCUUGAAGUACAUUUGAUUGAAGCCCACGACCUGGCAGGCUACGAAGCGGGCGGGUUCAACGACCCCUACGUGCGCGUGAGCCUGCUGCCCGAGGUGGACAGUCGCGUGCGGCAGACGCCGGUGCACCGGAACGAGGCCAACCCCUUCUUCGACCAACACUUCAAGUUCCCCGUGUCGCAUGACGAGCUCAGCGAUAAGACGCUGUUGCUGCAAGUUUUUGAUUAUGACAGAUUCUCUCGCAACGAAGUGAUGGGUUCCGCGAAGGUGCCGCUCUCGCGUGUCGAAGUGGCCGGAGGAGCGGAGGUCUGGGCCGAGCUGUCCCGCGAGCGGCGACCUCCAGAGGAGCUGCAGGAGUUGUUGCUGAGUCUCUCCUACCUGCCGUCUGCUGAGCGGCUCACUGUCGUAGUGUUGAAAGCAAGGAAUCUACUGCCACCUCAGGAAGGGAAGGAAGCUUUAGACGUGUAUGUAAAAGUGUACCUGCUGGUGAACGGAAAGAGAGUCAAAAAGAAGAAGACUAACAGGAAAGAGAUCAACAACUCCGUGUGGAACGAGGCUCUCUCCUUCAGUCUGCCCUCGUCUAAUUUACACGAGGCGUCCAUUGAGGUGUGCGUGGUGACGGGCGGCGGCAGCGCGCUGGUGGUAGGCUGGUGCUGCGUGGGCGCCGCCGAGCCGGCCGCCGAGGGCCGCCACUGGGCGCAGAUGGCGCAGGAGACGCGCAAGGCGGUCGCCAUGUGGCACACGCUCAGAUAGAUCGCGCACUGCACUCGCACACUGCCGCAAAAGCCACAACGCAAUUAAAUAUUCAACUACUGACACGCAUAAGACUUGAAAAUAAACGCCUCGCCGUUUUACCCGCGUAAUUCAUGUUCCGUUUAUUAAACCGGGAAUAAAAUAUAAAUAUUCAAAUACUGACACUCAAAAAUAGACUUGAAAAUAAACGCCUCGCCGUUUUACCCGCGUAAUUGAUGUUCCGUUUAUGAAUACGGGAAUAAAAUAAUGUGGUUUUUCUAUUGUCAAAAAUAUUAAAAUCAGUUCAGUAGAUCCAGAGAUUUCCUCUAACUUUACAAACUUAACCUCUUUAUAAUCUUAAUGUAUAGUACAACUAUUUAUUUAUUUAUUUAUUUAUAUAAAGCACGCCAACAAUACACAUAUUAAACGUUAAAACAUAAGAUAACACAUAUUAAAGAGUUCUGAUAUGCAUAUAAACAAUAGGCGCACAUAACAUUUAUAUAAUUAUAUGUCAACACUUAACUAAUUAUAAUAUGUCAAAUUUAUAGGAAGGAUUAAAUGUCAAAAUUAAUUAUUACCUAAUUUAAAAUUAAUAAAAUAGUAUACAAUUUUAAAACAAUAGCAUAAAGAAGAAAACUUAACUUAAUUAAUUACAAUUUUUGAAUUAAUUUACUAGGUUGGUAGAUUAUACAAAACAAAAAGAAUAAAUAUUAAGAAAAAACAUUAACAUUAAACUAAAUCUUACUAAUAAUAGAGACAAUUUAAUUAUUAUGGAGUUUAAAAUGGUCAUGCAACUUGUUUUUAAAGACAUAGAAGGAAUUGUGGAAGAUGUCGAUCUCCGGUAAAGUUUUAGAAACUUCGUUAUACUUGGCACAUAUUCGUCUAAUGGGGGCCUGCAUACCAAGGUUAGUUUUUACAAAAGGAAUAUGAAACAAUUUCAUAGUACGGUAGCGUGGAUAUCUACGCGGGACUGUUAGGGAUACCCUUUCAAGUAUGUUACCACACUUGAUUUUGUUAUUUAAAAUCUUGUGGAGAAAGCAUAAGUCCAUCAUAUCGCGUCUUCUUCGUAGCGGUAACAUUUCAAACUCCGCUAGUCGCUGGUGGUAGGGCAUCCUAUGCGAAAUACCGGUCGAUAUAAAGGCAAGAUGCCUAGUAAACGAUCGUUGUAUAUUUUCAACGCGUUGGGAAUGUGUACUGUAGAUUGGAUUCCAAAUAACACUAGCAAACUCAAGACAACAUCUCACCAAGGCAUUAUAUAAAAUAAUUUUGGUCUUACAAGAGAACCCCUUUGUGUUGCGUUUUAAAAAUCCCAAAAGCUGAGCACCUUUUUGAACAAUAUUAUUUAUGUGAGGUUUAAACGUUAAUUUACUAUCCAUAGUGACUCCUAAGUCUUUUAUUUCCAAUAACUCUUGCAAUAUCGUGUUCUUAAUGGAGUAACUAGAAACAAGUGGUUUUUUUUUUCGAGUAAAUUUAAUGUGGAAACAUUUGUUAGCAUUAAGAGUCAUGUGGUUGUUAUCACACCAUCUGAUAAUUCUGUUUAAGUCAUCUUGUAGUAAUUUAGCAUCGUUGGAUGAUUUAAUCGUUUUAUAAAUUUUCAAAUCAUCCGCAAACAACGAGCUAGUACAAUGUUGCGUCACUGAAGAAAUAUCAUUAAUGAAGGCCAAGAACAAUAGGGGCCCCAGGUGGGAACCCUGUGGCACUCCAGAUAAUGCCACGAACGUUUUAGACUCAUAGCCAUUGACUGCAACAGUUUGGGAUCUCAGUUGGAGGUAUGAAUUGAACCAUUUGACAAGGGGACCACUGAUUCCAUAUUGCAUAAGUUUGUUAACGAGUAGUAUAUGGUUAACCUUAUCAAACGCGGUACUAAAGUCAGUGUAAAUGACGUCAACCUGUUGCCCCUUAUCCACAAUAUAGCAGAGAUCCGAAGUAUAGUCAGACAAAUUUGAUUGCACGGAUAGACCAGUCCUGAAGCCGUGUUGAGAGCUCGUGAGAAAAUUGUCCAAAUGCCGAGAUAGAAUAGGGUGAACUAGACUUUCAAAAAGUUUUGAAAAGCAUGAAAGUAUUGAAAUCGGACAGUAAUUUUUAACAUCCACUCUGUCUCCCUUCUUAAAUACUGGUACUAUUCGUGCUUUCUUCCAUUCACUGGGGAAAAUACCCUCAUCAAGGGAACGAUUGAAAAUCAGUGUCAGAGGAAAAGCAAUCGCCGGACCACAACGUUUAAUAAAUACAGGUGGGAUAUUAUCUGGACCAGCACCUUUAAGAGGAUCUAAAGAUUUAAUGCAUUUUAUGACAUCAGACUCAAGCAACUUUAUUUUAGCUAAAUGAGGAGUAUUAUUGAUUGGGGGAAACUCAACAAGAGUAGGUUGGCGACUAUGUGGUCGCGAGUAGACAGAGGAGAAAUGGUCGGCAAAAAGAUUGGCUAUUGAAGUGCCUGAGUUUGCCAAUUCUUUUUCAAGUUUCAUUGAUGCAGGCAGGGAAGAUUCUCCUUUCUUUUUGUGUCUAAAAUAUUUCCAGAAAUUACAGGGAUUCUUAGAAAUAUUAGAUUCUGUUUUGUGCUUAUAAUCCUUAAGACAUAUAUUAUACAGUUUGUGACAACGACUACGAAUGAUUUGGAAUUCAAAAUUAUCUCUAGGAUUAUUGUAUUUCUUAAAUUUUUUGCGAAGUCUAUCUUUUUCCGAUAUAAGUUUAAUUAAGUUUCCACUGUACCAGACCGGGAAUUUCGCAGGUUUAAGUUUUCGUUUUGGUAUUGAUGUAUUAAUAAUUUCAUGGAUACACUUAUAGAAAACAUCAACCAUGGCAUCGACAUCUUUACAAGUAGAAAAAUAUUGCAACCAGUUGAUAUUUUUUAUUUCCUUUACAAUUGUAACGUAAUCUGAAUUGAAGUAGUUAUAAACAACACGACUUUUGGAUCUCAAGUAUGAAAUAUGAGUAAAAUCAACACUUACUAACAAGUUAGGAUGGUAGGGAUCUAAUGUUUAAACUACAAAUGUUUAUGUGACAGGUCAUAGUAAUCCUCGAUGAUCAAAUCAGUUUUAGUUUCUUUGAUUAUUUACAGAGAAUAAGCCAAGAUUUUUGAAUCCAAUAUUAAUUUUUUAAAAGAUUUUCAUUAUCAGCCGUUAGUCGGAGAGAAAAUGGACAAAGUUCAGUUUGGUACCGUGAUGGCACCAGAUAUUGAUUCUGAAUUAUAAUCAACUCAAGACCCACCACCAAAUCAGCCUACAUUACAUACAUUGAGCGAACUAUUCAAACCAAUAUUCAACACUUGUAUCAUCUGUGUCGUGUCAUAAGACACAGAUGAUAUAAGUUUAGAUCAAUGAAUUACAAAAUAUAUCCCAAGUAGAUUGAAUUUCUUAACAAGGCUUGCGGCAGUGUGCGAUCACCUUUACACUACCUACUUCCUGAUACUGUGAUUAAGUAGUACCGAUAUUGCUCCGGCAUAUAUACUAUCAGCAAUGCAGAAUUAGCAUAGCCAAGUCAAAUGCAUUGCUCUGCAGCACCGUUCGGAGUACGACAGCACCCGAGCACCAAAUGCCCAACAUUAUUUGUAUAUUCUUCGCAUUGCCCAUUAGUUGAGCCUUCUUAAUAAUGCGUACAAAAUAUUUUGUAAGAUUCCUUUCAACUUCGCACACAAUACACAAGAUAUGAUUGUACGUUUGUUUUAGCAUUUAUGUUCGUUACGCAAUUUCUAAAAUAUAGGUACAGUUUGCUUCAAUUUUGUCACGCUAAAAUUUAUCCCAAUGGCAGGGCCGAAUUAACAAUGUUAGGCGUUCACAGAUCCGCAUCGUAUGCAUAGCAACAUCAAACGGAUUUUCGCAAAUCCCAUCGAAUGGAUUUCAUCUACCUACUUUGAAAUUAAAAAUCCGUUUAAUGCAAUGCGUCUGAUACUUACGAUGCGGAUACGUGAGCGUUUAAUAGACAACUGCCGAGAGCAAAAUUGAAAAUAAAAUUGAAAAAAAAAAUCAUAUCCAAGUUGAUGAUCUUGAAAUUGAUUAUUUAUAGACCAAUUAAUUAUUAUUAUUACUAUUGCUCAGCAAUUCGGCAUUACCUAUCAUUCUGGAGUAAUUUCAAUUAAAUAUAUGGGCACAAGGAUAAUCUGGCUCUGAGAACUUAAUAAUCGAGUCAAAUUAGACAGCAAUGCAUAUGCGCGAUUGCGAGAUUUUUCUGAAAACGGACUUCAGCAUCUGUAUUCUUUAGCUCGUUUGCAUUAAACUUGAUUGAGACUUAAUGGUUUUAAUGUAAAACGUUCUAAUGUCAACCAGACGUAAUCCUUCGAAAGUCACCGAGUUAGCGAAUACCGUAGUAUAUUGGCGAUUUUUCUUGAAGCAAACUGUAGCGUAUUUCACAAGAUGAUAAACCAAUUAUUGACGUGAAGUUUAAUUUUUUGCCAAUCCUUUUUUGGGAAAUAUACAACUUCUUAGAGCAAUUUAGCUAUGCGGUGCGAGAUUUCUUUUAGAUAUAAUGUAUAAACAUAAUAAUAUAAUAUUGUGAUUCCAUAUCUAAGUAAUCUAUAUCGUUAUUAUAAUAAUAAUAUAGAUAGAUAAUUUCUUGUAACGUGUCGAUAAGAUCAUAUUUGUGGUGUUGGAUUUCUAUCACACUUCUCUUAAAAUGCGACUUUAAAGGUUUCGCUACACGCAGACGGGACGGGACAGAAUGUGACUCUAGAGGAAAGCCUGGAUUAGCCAAUAAACUAUUUUAAGCAAUUUCUUAGGGCUAGUAGUCUAGGGGGCACUAGAAACGACCCAGAAAAAAAAAGCAAUUUCAAAAUCCGCGGGUCUUUUGAAAUAAUUUUUUGUACUUCAUUUAUAGAUAGGGGGCACAUAGAGUUUAUUGCUUACAUAGGUAUUACAUAGAUUUGCUGUUUUUUAAAAUUGCAAGAGUAAGAAGGCGCGAUUGUGAAAAGGUGUGAGCAGGACGAGACUUAGUAUUUUGUCUUCAAAUAUUCCAUUGGGAAAUGGCACACAGAGCACUACGCUUGGCGUGACUUGUCUGUUUGACUUGACUACUCAUAAUACGUAUUAGUUACGUACGUACUCGUAAUACAUUAAGUACCUACGUAUUAGGUACAAAGACUCAAGUCGCGUGACCCGUCCGCCGUGUGGUGUGGGGAAACCUUUAAAUUGCCAUGUUACAAUUGGGUAACAAGGUAACACUAUUUAUUUAGUGUUGCCAAGCGACAAAAAACUGUCAAUCAAUAUGACAGUUUUGAAUGAGGUUAAAAAGUCUUUAUAGUGUUGCCCACCUUUCGUGAGUCAAACAAUAGUCUACCUUCGUAUUCCAAUUUAUCUAAUUCUAAAGUCUGUAAUGUCCUUAACUGUGGGCCCAUUUGUAUGUUUUCUAAACAUUGUAAAUAUUUUUUGUCUACUCAAUGGCGUAACUGCAUAGAUUGGACCUAUGCACGGAUCGCAGAAGAUCGCUCAUCAGCAUUAAAUGACCCCUCAGAAAAAUUCAAAUUAGGGUCUUCAUAAUAAAGAGCAAAUAAAAUAUUUCAUGACAAUUAAAGAAUCUAUUUGAUAUGAUAAUAAUGUGUUUAAUACAUUUUAUGAACUCUGCGGGGUCGCUACUUACGCCACUACUUAUUUUGUAAAGUCGCGUUCGCAGUAACAUCAAUUUAUUUUUGCCUUGAAGCCUUUUCAAAAACGCUUUUUAGACUUUCGUCUAGAAGUCAUUAAAUCGAGUCGACGUAUUUUAAAGGGAACCUUACACUUAAGUCGAAUCGGAAAGAUAAUUGAGCUUUGAGAACACCAAACAAUCUUAUGAAUUUUUAAGAAAAAUUUAUAUUAUGAAAAUCAUAUAAAUACUUAUAAUUUUUUAAUGUAAAGUUAAAAAAUCAUUAUAAGAAAAAAAUAUUACCUAAUAAGUACCUUCCUACCUAUAAAAAGUUCCUUUUCAUCUACGCCCACAGUUAUUCUAUGGUGUGUACCAAAUAACCUGUUUGUACCUAUCUAGUCAUUUCAUUGUGAUUCUUAUUUAUAUGAGGUUAAGGUUUAUAAUUAUAUCGAAUUUGAUUCCAAAAUAUACGUAUUUUUGUCUAUAUAAAUGUAUCAUUGUGAUGAAAGAAGUAUUUAAACUGGUAUUUUAUUUUACAAAUGUCCGAAAUAAAUUGUCUCU